AGUCCUGCUCUGUCACCCAGGCUGGAGUGCAGCAGCACAAUUUUGGCUCACUGAGCCUCUGUGUCCCAGGUUCAAGCUAUUCUCCUGUGUCAGCCUCAGUAGCUGCCUCUGCCUCAGUAGCUGGGAUUGUAGGUGCGUGCCACUGUGCCUGGCUAAUUUUUUUAUUUUUAGUAGAGAAGGGUUUUUGCCAUGUUGGCCCCACUGGUCUUGAACUCCUGACCUAAGGAGAUCCACCCACCUUGGCCUCCCAAAGUGCUGGGAUUAUAGGUGUGAGGCACUGUGACCAGGCUUCUUCACAAACUUAUUAUGGGAUGUUCUCUAUUUUUAAAACUUGUUUAUACACUGUUUCCCUCUAAAAAGAGGAGUAGAAAACCUGCUUGUUUUGCUGCUGCUUUAUCUAUUUCAGUGUUUAGAACAAUGCCAGGCACAGAGUAGGUGCUCUUCCAACAAGUGUUGACUGAAUAUCUAAUUGCUGACUACACCUAACUGCUUGGUUGGCUCACAGGCACUUCAAACUUUACAUGGUCAAAACAGAGCCUUCUUCCUUCCCUAACAUAUAUUCUCUCUUGUUGUUUCUAAUCUCAGUGAAGACAUUACUAUCUUCCUAGCUGCUCUAACUCACUUGGGAGUCAACUUUGACAUGUAUCUCCCUCAGUCAUUUUCAGUUAACAAACCUCCCACUAACCACUUUUGUUAUUUUCUUCACUCCUACUUGCCACCAACUAAAUUUAAGCCAUUAUUGGCUAACAGCCUACUGUUUUCUCCAAACUCUUUUCCUCGCCUCAAAUUUUUGUGUAACAGUGAUCUGUCUAAAAUGAAUUCAAUCCUAUGAUUCUUCCACUUAAAAUCUUUCAAUAGCUUCCUCCUGGCUCUCAGAAGCUGACUUCUACAUAUAGCAUUCAAGGCUUUCAGAAGUAGACCUCCAGCACUCUUCUUUACCCAACAAUCUCUCAAGUCUUUGCCUCCAAACAUCUGUACUUACUGCUUCUUGUCUAGGUCUUCUCCAGUACUUUUUUUUUUUUGAGACGGAGUUUAGCUCUUGUCAUCCAGGCUGCAGUGCAAUGGCACCAUCUCGGCUCACCCCACGCAACCUUAGCCUCCUGGGUUCAAGUGAUUCUCCUGCCUCAUCCUCCUGAGUAGCUGGGAUUUCAGAUAUGUACCACCAUGCCCGGCUAAUUUUGUAUUUUUAGCAGAGAUGGGGUUUUUCCAUGUUGGUCAGGCUGGUUUCAAACUCCUGACCUCAGGUGAUCCGCCCACCUCGGCCUCCCAAAGUGCUGGGAUUACAGGCGUGAUCCCCAAUACCCUUACUAAGCUAACGCUUCUUCAGUCCCAUUCUACUCUAUUCCUCCCUAUUGGUUUAAUGAGGGGUUCCUCCUUUAUUUAAUUCCACAGUAUUCAGCAGCUUCACACUCAUCAUACUGAUGAUGCCUAUUUACUUGUCUACAUUCUAAAGUCUAAAAUCAAUGGGGGUAACAAUUCUGCAGCAAUAAUUAACUGUUCACUCAAACAGAAAAACAUAUCAGAAUUUUGACAAAUUUCUAUUAACUGAAGCAAUGAAAAUAUUAAAUCAAAGAAAACAUAAUGGUUUUUAUGCUACUUUUCUUCUAUUUUAGGCACAACACUUUAAUAAAUUACGCAGACUACAAAACUUUACUACAUCAAUUAUUACAAAAGGCUGAGUGGAGAGAUUACUUAUCUGAGGGAGCACAAAAUCAGUACGCAAUAUGGAUUUCAUUGAAGCUUGUCAACUCUCCUGGAUUAAAUUAUUGGCGCUGUCUCACAUAGUCCCAAGUCCUAGAUGUAGAUAGGAUUCUGGAAGUUGCAGUUACUAGGUUAGGAAAGCCACGCCCAGGCUCCCCUGUGAAAAACAUAUCAAUGUGUUAAGCUCCUUAGCAAAUCACAUCUAGAUUAAGUUCAAAAUAUGUUGUUUUUUUAACUUUGCAAAUCUCCAUCUCCAAACAAACUUUUUCUACUUUCUCAAUAAAAUACAACAAAAUUUUUGACAUUAGAGCCACGGAGAAACAGAGCUCUAUCUCUGAGAUGGCAGUAAUCCAAGGGUAUUUAGUAAGCAGUUACUAGGAUCUACGAAAUGGGGGGCACUAUCACCAUGUUGGGGGAAAAAAGCUACAGAAAUAUGUACAUCUUCGUCAUGAACCUGACUGCUGAGUUUAUACAAGUGGAAAAGGAACCUCACUCGUUCCGUCCCUGGUACCUCCACAGCGUCUCCCGUCCCAGUCUGCCUAGUUGAAUGUAGGGCCACUUUAAGGUAAAUCCUAGCCUCCGGGCUGUCCUUCCGCCUCCCAGGAUUCUGCUAGGCCGCUCAGUUGGCAAGCUUAAACUCCAAAGAUUCCGCAGUCUCCGUCUUUCAACGAUCACGUCAGAGACACCAAGGUUAGCACAGGAACAUUAGUUUCCAAACUCCCACCCGCCGCACAAACAGGCGGGAAGGUUCCGCUGCCAACCUGCCUCUCCGCCGCGCACAUGGCCGGCCGCAGCUCCCACCCCCGCUGCCGCGCAGGCGCCGGGCGAGCCGGGACUUGCGGUCGCCGAGAGCGGAUCAUUCCGCCGCUUUCUUUGUGUGGCUGAAGCGCUAGAAAUGACAUAUUUUCCUCCCCUUCGUUAAAAAAUCAGACCCUCUUUCUCCUCUCUCCUCCCCGGAACAGAGUCAGGGAGUGGGUAGUAGCGAGAUCUGCCGACGACUGCAGAGGCGGAAAAUCCUCGGAAGAGGAGUUGACGAGGGCCGGGUCCGGGAGGGAUGCUGGGAGCUUGACUCAGUCGCACACCAUGUGUCCCUCCGCACGCAGCACGGGGACUUUUCGGUGGGGAUUUUGGGCGCCGACCAGACGCGGCAUUUUCGGAAAAUAGCGCCCUGUGCAGCUGAAGCGCUUUGUGUGUAGCGGGGCCGUGUCAGCCCGGCCGGGUACGAGGCGCCUUGGGUCCCCGCACCACCUCCUGCUGCCUCCCCGUCGCCGCUCCCGAAGCUUUUCCAGGUCAGUGCGGGUCUGUGUAGGGCCCUGUUACCACCGGAUGUGGAAGUUGAUCUCUUCGCUGAUGUCCCUGGUAGAUUUGGGAAAGAAGCUUUUAGAAGCGGCACGAGCAGGUCAAGAUGAUGAAGUUCGUAUUUUGAUGGCAAAUGGAGCUCCUUUUACUACAGACUGGCUGGGAACUUCUCCCCUUCAUCUAGCAGCACAGUAUGGUCAUUAUUCCACCACAGAGGUACUGCUCCGAGCUGGUGUAAGUAGAGAUGCCAGAACCAAAGUGGACCGAACACCAUUACAUAUGGCAGCUUCUGAGGGCCAUGCCAGCAUAGUAGAGGUUUUACUUAAGCAUGGUGCUGAUGUCAAUGCAAAAGACAUGUUAAAGAUGACAGCUCUCCAUUGGGCCACAGAACACAAUCAUCAAGAGGUGGUGGAACUUUUAAUCAAAUAUGGUGCUGAUGUACACACACAAAGUAAAUUUUGUAAAACUGCAUUUGAUAUUUCAAUAGACAAUGGAAAUGAAGAUUUAGCAGAGAUAUUACAGAUUGCUAUGCAGAACCAAAUCAACACAAAUCCAGAGAGUCCUGACACUGUGACAAUACAUGCUGCAACACCACAGUUUAUCAUUGGACCUGGAGGGGUGGUGAACCUAACAGGUCUGGUAUCUUCAGAAAAUUCAUCCAAGGCAACAGAUGAAACGGGUGUAUCUGCGGUUCAGUUUGGAAACUCUUCUACAUCAGUAUUAGCUACAUUAGCUGCCUUAGCUGAAGCAUCUGCUCCAUUGUCCAAUUCUUCCGAAACUCCAGUAGUGGCCACGGAGGAAGUGGUUACUGCAGAAUCUGUAGAUGGUGCAAUUCAGCAAGUAGUUAGUUCAGGGGGUCAGCAAGUCAUCACAAUAGUCACAGAUGGAAUUCAGCUUGGAAAUUUGCACUCUAUUCCAACCAGUGGAAUUGGUCAGCCCAUCAUUGUAACCAUGCCAGAUGGACAACAAGUAUUAACAGUACCAGCAACAGACAUUGCUGAAGAAACUGUUAUAAGUGAAGAACCACCAGCUAAGAGACAGUGUAUCGAAAUAAUUGAAAACCGGGUGGAAUCUGCAGAAAUAGAAGAGAGAGAAGCUCUUCAGAAACAGCUGGAUGAAGCAAAUCGAGAAGCACAAAAAUAUCGACAGCAGCUUCUAAAGAAAGAACAGGAAGCAGAGGCCUACAGACAGAAGUUAGAAGCUAUGACUCGUCUUCAGACUAAUAAAGAAGCUGUUUAAUUGAAACAAACUUGUAGUUUGAUUUUACUUUUGGUCAAGAAAUAAUACAAUCUUGAACUGUACACAACAAAGGUACAGCCAUGAGAAUACAGGAUAAGAGAAGAGACUACAGCUUGAUAAUUGGACUUAAGCCAUGAGCUCUGAAUUCUUGUAACAUAAAACUUUACUUUAGAAGUUGUGAAAUGUAUUUAAAACUGAAUUCUGUAAAUAGUUUUUGUUUUUUUUACAGUUUCAAAUGAGUUGAUAAAGAUUGUUGAAGAGAUCCAAAACCACAAUAAGCCACUGUUUUUGUGAAUUCUUUUUGAUUUUAGUACAAACCUUAAUUUCUCAGAAACAGAACAGUUUUAAGGGUGAUCGUUGUUGAUUAGACCAAAUGUUGUGUAGUAAUUAUGGUGGACUGAUGCUGGAAUUACUCCUGUAGGUAUAAACCUCUAUAUGAAGAGAAGAUUUCUCCCAGGAAAUCUUUGUACAGCUUUAAGUUGUCUCAGAUUCUCUGAAAACAUUUUUUAGAAAGUAAAAUUUUUAUAUUUGUUCAAUUUCAGCUAUACCCAAGUAGAUUUACAUGUAUAUGAAGCAAAUAUUUUUUAAACUUUCUGUUUGUACAUAUUCUGCAUGUUUUAUAAUUUCAAAAUGCAUCACUUUUAUAGGUAUUUCUCCCACAAAAAUGAUGAAAGUGACCAGAAAAAAACAAAAACAAAACCCACCCUUUCCCUGUGUAGGUCAUUGAAACUAAGUAAACUAGCAGCUGGUUUUAUUAGAAUGACAAUGUUCUUGGAAGGAGCAGCCUACUAGAUAACUUGAAUUUGCCAAUUCUGCAAAAUCUGUGCUUUUUCGAAAAUUUAAUGGUGGGGAUGUGAAACUGUAUUCCGUGCCUUCCAUUAUGAUUUCCACAUGUAAGCACUUUAAGGCACUGGAUUUUAAGAUAAUGUUUUUGGAAAACUCAAUGCAUAUGGGUUUCUGAAAUAUUUUAUGGACUUAUUUCUCCCCAGGAAAUUAUUCUUAUGGAAAAAAAUUGCUUUUGUAUGUAGAACAGGAACUUUUGUACUACAGUGAUGCAAUAGACAUGUCUAAUGUAGCUUCUGCUUUUCCCUUUGCAAGCUCAAUGUCUGUGCUAUGACUUGCUCUCAUCACAAUAUUGUUGAAUUCCACAAUGUAUGGAUAUUAAACACUGGCAGACUGUUAUUUUAUUUUAUUUUUUUGGUAAAACAUUACUUCAAACCUUUUUUCUUGCUUUAUUUUUCAGUGUUUUAUUGCUUUAUGAAAAUGUUUAACCCUAAAAUCCCUCUGGGUUAUCUAUACUGUAUAAAGAAGCAAUUACCCUUAAAACUGUACUCUGGCCUACUUUUCUAUUUUGCAAUUAAAUAUCUUUUUCACAUA